CUUUUCACUCCAUGGCAUGGGGAUCCAGUGGAUCGGAGCAGCGGGUUUUUGCCAGUGGUAGUGAGUUUACUUCGCCUUUGGGUGUUGAGGCAAACCCGCUUGCUCCGCCGAACGAGCUUCAGGAGAAGGGAAUGUUCUGCCGUGUGUAGCUUUCCACCCGAUUGCGGAUUCAUAUCCCAUCUACACCCAGGCUGCCGUCACAUUAUUCUUUUGUUGCUGGUGUUUCGGGUUAGUGACUGAUGAAAGUGGGUAUGGUGGUGCCCGCCGUUGGCUGAUCGUCACGUUCUGUAAAAAUAUUGGAGAGAGAGGGAGGGCGAGCUGGUCUCUACUACUGUACCUUGGAAGAGUUGGCAGUGGGCCAUCCUUGUAGACAGUAACUGCGAUGGCUAAGCUGCCACCAGGAUGCCACCCCUACCUUCCCCGCACAGAGAUCAAUGUUGCUAUGCAGCCUUAUCUCAAAACGGAUGGGUGGUAUUUACUUCGACCUAGCUUCAGUAACCCAGGACAGUACUCCAUUUGUGUAUCGUACCAUGGAGAUGUCAAGAAUUUUAAAAUUAACCGCGAUGCCGGUGGCCAAUAUUCCGUGUCAUCAAAGAAGUUUAACUCACUGGAUGAGCUGUUAUAUGCAUAUAGCAAGAAUCCGUUUAGAAGUAAAAAGGGUGGUACUGAAAUCUACCUUCUGUACCCAAUCCCUGUCGACAAAACCUUGGAGCAGCGACAUAUGAUGAUGCACAAUGAAGGCGUUAACAAUCAGCCAGCGCAGCAGCAGCAGCAGCAGCAAUUUAAUAAUGCUAGUGGCCCUGGUGGCCCUAGAUUACCGCCACGGGUGGGUGGUGGUGGUGGCGGCGGCGGCGGUGCAGGAGGACGUAGUGCCGCGCCUAUACCAAGUUCCAAUGGUCGGCCGGGCAUGCCUACUCCACAGCAGCAGGGCCCCCGACCUGGUAUGGGAGGGCCUGCGAUGGGAGGACCUGCGAUGGGAGGACAUGCCGCAGCCCCGCCAUUGCCGACACGUAACGCUGGUGGUGCCGGUCCAGCACCAGCCCCGGGCAGAAGACCACUGCCCACAACGCCCGGAGUAGGCGCACCUGCGGAACACCAGCAACAGCCGUCACUCCCAGCUCGGAAAGGAACGAUGCACGGUGAUUCUUCACCGCCGCCGCCUUUGCCUGUACGUGUUGGUAGUGCACAGCCGUCACAGCCCGAGAUGAUGCAACACCAGCAACAACAGCAGCAACAACAGCAGCAGCAGCAACAACGUGUUAAUUCUUCGCGUGGCCGUGCACAGUCCUCAUUGUCAGCGGGUAGUGGUGGCGGCGAGCUAGCUCCAGGCUGGGAAGAGUUCCACAGCGAGGAGCACAAUCGCCCGUACUAUUUCCAGGAGUCCACUGGCAAGACGGUGUGGCACAAGCCUGUGGCAGCCCCUGCACCAUCACCGCAAGCACCCCGCAGUGUUGGUAAUGCUGGCGCUGACCGCUCCAGGCCACUGCCUGGAGUUCCAGCGAGUCAGCAGAUGGGUCGCAAUGAUGCUCCUCCAGUUCUGCCGCAACGAUCUGGCUCGGCUGGCGCUUUCGACGAUGGUCCCCCACUGCCCAAUCGAACUGGUCAUGGUCAGCCGCCUCCUGUGUCUCGUGGUAGCAGAGGAGGUCCCGCCAGUGAAGCUCCUCCGCCAUUGACUCGCCGAACGACACAGCCUGUCCCGUCGCCCGGUGUCAAUACCAGUCGUCCCGUGCCGGUAGCGUCGCCAGGAGUCCCUGGUCGAGGAGAGGAUGAUGCGCCACCUCCGCCGAGCCGCACCAGGCGAGGUGCUCCUGCUCCAGCUCCAGUCGAUCCACAGCUGCAGCAGCGCGGUGCAGCACCACCGCCAGCGAACCGUGGAGCGCCACCAGUGCCAGUCAGCAGUGCUCGGUCAUCUCGCGGACCAGCUCCGUCCCCGGGCGGCAUGCCGGGUUAUGGACAAGAGCAAGCUGCUCCACCGCCGGUCACUCGCAGCGGCUUUGAACCUGCGCCGGCCCUGCCACCGCCAAUCCAGUCCGACUUACCACCUAUGCCGCCCAGAGGUUCAAUGGGUGACUUACCGUCGUUUCCAGCAGCACCCCCUAUGGAAGCUCCCAUGCCUCCUGCCCCUGCGCCUGCAGCACCCGUCCCCGCUUCACCGCUACCUCCACCCGUGGCAGCACUUGCGUCUGUACCGGAUGCACCCGCACCACCACCGGCACCACCUGCACCACCAGCGGCACCGGCAGCUCCAGCUCCACCGCCGCCACCACCUGCGGGUGCUCUCUCGUCUGGCGGCCCACCGCCUCCACCCAGUGGCAAUGCUCCGUCGCUUUCAGGUAUUGGUGCUGCCCUCCAAGCUGGCAAGCUUGGUUUGAAGAAGGCAGAACCAGUUGCUGUACCGGCGGACUCCAGAGGGGACCUUCUCAGCUCUAUUCGUGAUGGAAUCAAGCUGAAGAAGGCGGCGUCGGAGCCAAAGGGUCCAGCUCAGCCUGACGGUGGCGGUGGAAUGAUGGGUUCGCUGAUGAAUGCCAUUGGAAAUAGACGGCAAGCCAUUGAAGACUCGGAUGAGGGCGACGAUGACUUUGAUGAAGUAGAAGAUGACGACUGGUAAGUGUGAUCUUGCUAUUGUCCGCCUGCUGAUACUCUGCAAGCAGCGGCAAGGUGUUUGUGGCGAGUCGGCCUGUGCACACAUGCAUUUUAUCUGCUAACACAUGCGCACACCGUUUCAGUUUGAAUGACCAGCCACGUCCCUGUGUAUUUAUGAACUCUGUGCAUAUGUAGCUUUCCGGCCGGUUGGCUACUUUGUUGCCGUUCAGUCACACUACUUACUCAUUUUAAUGAAUUUUCCUUGAAACAUACUUCUCGCAGAUGUCACGAAAUACUACAUGCUAAUUCUCCCUCAUGCACACGUUGCAACAAUAAUGCUUUUCUGGAUAGCCUGAAUCUCCAGAGUUAUUAUCCCUUUCUCUAAUGAUAAAUACCGUUUAAGUUUAGUGUCUUGUCCGUCCUCGCUCGUUCACCCUUUGGCCCUUGCCUGCUCGUGGAGGCACUGGCGUUGUCCGUUCUGUUGUCCUAUCAGUGGACGGAGGGGAUUGCUAUAGAGCCAUUUAUACAUGUACAAAUAUUUUCUCAUCGUCCCAGUUGAUAUUUUGACAUCUGGAUCAGACCCAAUAGCACCAUGUCGGAUCAGCACUUGCCAAGUGUUUCCCUUUCAUACGUCAGAGGCAGUUUCCCAUACCUUUUAUUUUUUUCCUUCUGUUCUGUUCGGGUUUUGGUUGUUCAUACUUGUGCUCGUAGUUAGUUGCUUGUUGCGUCUGCUGCCUUCAUUACAAAAAUGUAACGCGAUGUCCAUUCCUCUGCUCA